GCGGCUGUCCGUCCGGUACAGAUAUUCCACAAGCAGUCCUAUUGCUACGAUUAAGUCUCUGCCUAGCUUGGACUUUUCCUUUGGUCAACUCUGUUGAUAUUAAUUUGUCAUACAAUAUGAUCUGACAGUGACAGGGUCCGUAGUUCAAGAGUAAAUAAGAGAGACGGACAUAGACUACUUGUCAUCGUGAUUUUUCUGUCUAGUUAUUCUUUCAUUUGAUUCCCCUACCGUUCCCUCUUGGAUUUACGAAGAGCAUGUUGGUGAUCUGAGUAUACAGAGAGUUUUUCUCCCGUCCUUCGGUAUAUUUGAGGAAUGACUGCAACUGGAAAGGGACUGACAAUCGAUUGAAUGGAAAAAAUGGAAUACAACGAUCUUGAGAAAAACAUUGAGGAGAAACUGACAUUAACAGAUAAAUGUAUCUCCUCCACACCAGAGCCUUUGGACAACCAGAAUGAAGACAAGAACAUAGUGAAGGACCUUCUGACAUCAGACCUCUCAGACCUCUCCCCAGACACGGAGUCCAGUCCCAAGACAGACCUCUCCCCAGACACGGAGUCCUGUCCCAAGACAGACCCCUCUACCAAGACAGACCUCUCCCCAGACACGGAGUCCUGUCCCAAGACAGACCCCUCUACCUCCCCAGACACGGAGUCCUGUCCCAAGACAGACCCCUCUACCAAGACAGACCUCUCCCCAGACACGGAGUCCUGUCCCAGACAGACCCCUCUACCAAGACAGACCUCUCCCCAGACACGGAGUCCUGUCCCAAGACAGACCCCUCUACCAAGACAGACCUCUCCCCAGACACGGAGUCCUGUCCCAAGACAGACCCCUCUACCAAGACAGACCUCUCCCCAGACACGGAGUCCUGUCCCAAGACAGACCCCUCUACCAAGACAGACCUCCCCCAGACACGGAGUCCUAAGACAGACCCCUCUAAAGACAGACCUCUCCCCAGACACGGAGUCCUGUCCCAAGACAGACCCCUCUACCAAGACAGACCUCUCCCCAGACACGGAGUCCUGUCCCAAGACAGACCCCUCUACCAAGACAGACCCCUCCCCAGACACGGAACAGCCCCCUCUAAAGACAGACCCCUCCACCAAGACAGACCCGGAGUCUCCCACCAAGACAGACCCCUCCACCAAGACAGACCCCUCCACCAAGACAGACCCCUCCACCAAGACAGACCCCUCCACCAAGACAGACCCCUCCACCAAGACAGACCCCUCCACCAAGACAGACCCCUCCACCAAGACAGACCCCUCCACCAAGACAGACCCCUCCACCAAGACAGACCCCUCUACCAAGACAGACCCCUCUACCAAGACAGACCCCUCCACCAAGACAGACCCCUCUACCAAGACAGACCCCUCCACCAAGACAGACCCCUCUACCAAGACAGACCCCUCCACCAAGACAGACCCCUCCACCAAGACAGACCCCUCUACCAAGACAGACCCCUCCACCAAGACAGACCCCUCCACCAAGACAGACCCCUCCACCAAGACAGACCCCUCUACCAAGACAGAUGCUAGACCAGGCACCCCUGGGUCUGGCACCAGCCCCCAUCCCAAAAAAGGAGAUGGGUUGACGACAGAGCAACGACAGAAGCUGGCUAAGGAGCGGAGGGAGGAGAGGGCCAAAUACAUUGAACAGCAAACUCAGCUGCAAGCGACUAAGAAGGCCCAGUGGCUGGAGAAGGAGGCGAAGGCGAGGCGUCUGAGGGAGAGCCAGCUGGAGGAACGUAGGAGGAGGCUGGAGGACCAGAGACUGAAGCUUGAGAAACGCAGAGCCCUCCUGGAAGAGAAACAGAGGCAGAAACUAGAGAAGAACAAGGAGCGCUACGAGGCGGCCAUCAGGAAGUCAACCAAAAAGACUUGGGCUGAGAUCCGUCAGCAGAGAUGGUCCUGGGCUGGAGGCCUCAACCAGACCUCGCGCAGACAAAGCAGAUGUUCGGCCUCCACUGUCAACUUACCGAGACAGGUGGACCCUGUCAUUAACAACAGGCUGUCCAAGUCCUCUGCAACCCUCUGGAACUCCCCCAACAGAACUCGCAGUCUGCGUCUUAGUCCGUGGGAGAGCCGCAUCGUGGAGCGGCUCAUGACCCCCACCCUGUCCUUCCUGGCCCGUAGCCGCAGCGCCGUGACCCUGCUCAACACUAGCGACUCCCGGGACCCCUACUCUCACCACUGCUCCCGUUCAGCCUCCGCCAGCCCCCUGGACGCCUGCUCCCACCACCACCCUCACCGGGACUCCUCCGAACGCUGGAGGGGAGGAGUGUCCGCCAGCACUCCCGACAUCACACAGCGCCAACGCCGACGGAACUCAACGCUGUUGGAUAAGAAGAAGAAAGAGAAGAAAGACAAGGAGAGGGAGAAUGAAAAAGAGAAAGUUCUGAAGAAGUUACCAAUACCGACCAGAUCCAGGCCGGAGUUCAGCAGUACCCCAAAACCCCAAAACCGACCUCCAUCACCUGUGGCCCCCAAAAGCAAACUGUUGUCCCCCUGCCCUCCAAUGGCUCCCAAGACCCCCUCCACGGGCAGGAAGAUCCCCACAGGCACCAAGACCCGCCCCAAAAGAGCCCAGACCCCUGUCAGGGUACAGCUUCAGCCGGUCACUGUGGAAACUAACAACGAGCCCCAUCAGCCAGACACUCCUGAGGAGACAAAGAGCUCCAGUAAUGUUCCUGCUAUAAUGGUGUCUUCGGCGCCGGCGACACACACAUCUCUUAGUGCACCAGUCAGAGUGGCCGCCUCUACCCAAUCCUCAACUCUACAGCUGACUGCCUCUGCUGCCUCAACUCCCACAACUGCCUCCUCUGCUGCCUCAUCUGCCCCGGCUGCCUCAUCUACUGCUGCCACUCUGGUUUCCAGGCCCUCAGCCGGCACCAACGACCCAGAGGAAGCAGCUCGAGUGCUGGCUGAGAAACGCAGACAGGCCCGGGAGCAACAGGAGAGAGAGGAGCAGGAGCGCCUGGACCGAGAGAAGAGGAAACGGAUUGCUCGUGAGGAGAGCUUGGCUCGGCAGGCGGAGGAGAGGAGGCGCAGGGAGGAGGAGGCACGCCUCAUGGCGAAGGAGCAGCUUCUGAGAGACGAGGCCCAGCGCCUGGAGGAGGAGAAGGGGGCGAAGGAGAAAGCCAAGGCGGAACAGGAGGAGAACCAACGCCUGCAGAAACAGAGGGAGGAGGCCGAGGUCAAAGCUCGUGAGGAGGCGGAGCGUCAACGCCUGGAGAGAGAGAAGCACUUCCAGAAGGAGGAACAGGCGCGCCUGGAGAGAAAGAAGCGCCUUGAGGAGAUCAUGAAGAGAACUCGUAAAAGUACUGAUGCUGGAGAAAAGGUGAUUGAUCCUUCACGGCCGAAUGAUUCCCCAGCGCAGGUCAACGGCAAAGAUAGUACGAAGAACAGUAAAGCUCCUAAAAUGCAGCAGAUUGAAGCAGAAUCCAGCCCUGUGCUGAAUGUUGUCCGGCCAGCCAUGCACCAGAAUGGCCUCUCAGCCAACGGGAAGGCAGCUGACUUGGAGCAGAUCAUCCAGCUGUCCAAUCACAGCAGGAGCAGCAACGGUGGGCCGGGAAAACCGGGGAGUGGCAUCGUCAGCGACCCAAUCCUGGCCUUCGAGGGAGGAGAUCCCUUCCUGAUGAAAACGGGUCCCAUGAAGCCUCAGCAUGCUGCAGAAGUUCUCUGAGACACCAGGCUUCCACACGCUUUACUCCACUGGUUGAUGUAGCUGAUGUGUGCCACACACUGCAACAGCUUCUAAAGGAAGUGUGUCAAACAAAGAAACAAACUAUGGACUAAACUUUUAAAUCACUUAAAAACAUCCAAUUCCACAGAGGUCCUGAGGGAGGAAGAAAACUCUGCGAAGAAAAAGGAAAAAAACGUAAAUUUAAAAAAAAUAUUGUCUGUCUUCUCGGCAUGUUUUGGUGCAACAUACGUUGGGUUUUGUUGAAAAUGUCAAAUGGAGAUUUUAUGGUGCACCUUUAAAUGUCUGACAAUGUAAUAUGAGGAAUUUUAGAGCAUUGUAAGACCUGGAAAUAUACAGUAUUUGACUACGGUUAUUAUUAUCAUUGUUGUUAUGCUAUUGCUGUUGUUAUCUUAAAGUUGAACAAAGUGUGUGUUUGUUAGUCUUGGAAUAAUUGGGUUAUUUAACUAGGGGAGGAAGCAGUGGGAGGAUGCUGUCAGGGGAAGCUGUGGGAUAAAGCUUAAUGAACGGGAGAAGAUGUCUCUUUCUUUCUGUCUGUCUGCGUGUAUGUCUGUCUCUGCCUGUCCCUGUCUGUCUGUCUGCCUCUCAUUUAACUAAGAUAUGAUAUAGACUAAAGAGUAAGUUUGAUCUGUGUGGACAUCGACUUUAGUGCGUUAACAUCUGACAUGUCUGCCAUAACGUCAUGUUUCACCUGAGACAGUCUUAAAGUUUCUCUGGCUCGUU